GUGGCAAUCGCUGUAUGUCGCAUCGACCAAAGCUGAUUUGGGAGAUUGAUGAUGGUCUUGCAUAUACAUAGAAGAGGACCUCGUACAACAGCCAGCUUUAGCAUCAUGGCGCCCCCUGUCUUGUCAACACCAGAGCAGUACCAAGAGCUCCUCGACUCGGUCGACACAUUCCUUCUAGACUGCGACGGUGUCCUGUAUCAUGGCUCAAACGUCGUUCCAGGCAUAAAGCAAGUCUUGCCCAUGCUGCGUCGUGCAGGCAAGAAGAUCAUCUUCGUCACGAACAAUGCCUCUAAAUCCAGACGGAUGUACGUUGACACAUUCAGAAAACUUGGCCUCGAGGCGCAAGCAGAGGAGAUAUUUGGAUCGGGGUAUGCUUCAGCAGUUUACCUCUCCAAAGUUCUCAACUUUCCGAAAGAUAAGCGGGUAUACGUCAUUGGUGAAGUUGGCUUGGAGGAGGAACUGGACAGUGUAGGGAUCGGUCACUCAGGAGGAACGGACCCGGAAGACAGGGUUUUCAUGGAGAAGGACGGCUUUGGCGAUAUCAAGCCAGACCCCUCCAUCGGCGCCGUCCUCUGUGGCUUUGACAUUCACAUCAAUUACAAGAAGUACGCAAAGGCAUUCUCGUACAUGCGCGACAACAAGGACUGUCAUUUCCUCUUGACAAACCAAGAUCCGACCUACCCCACCUCAUUUGCGACCGGUGAUCCCGAUCAGCCCAUCCGCCACACUAUCUUCCCCGGCUCUGGCUCCAUCUCGUACCCAUUGGUCUACGCUAGUAAGCGUACACCGACGGUCAUCGGCAAGCCGAAUACAACUAUGAUGGAUGCAAUCCUGGCAGAACACCAAUUUGACCCUAAGCGAGCUCUAAUGGUCGGUGACAACCUCGCUACGGAUAUCGAGUUCGGCAUCAAUUCUGGCGUCCGGACGCUACUAGUCAUGGGAGGCGUGACCAAACGCGAGGCCAUCUUUGGAGAUGAGCCCAGCAAAACAGUGCCCGACUUUGUCAUGGAAAGCUUUGGUGACCUGGCCGUCUUGGACAAACAAUAGAUGUAAAAUAUACAUAGAGGGCCAGGCGAUGUCGCUC